CACGCGUAGUAGCCUUGCUUGCUUGCAUGUCAAAUUAAAUUCUCCAUUCGAAUUUUGCAUAGAUAAAUUGUAUGCUCCUAUUGUCUCUUAUUUCGCGAUAGUUUACCGGCGAUAAUAGGCGACCUUACGCCUACACGUAAGCGCGUCUCUUAUCGACUUCUUAUAUCAUCACAACAAUUUAUACGAUUUUAUUUAUUAAUGAUGCCGGGCUUAACAUAAUGUUAGUUAAUUGGUUACGUCCGGAGAAAGUGUUCUUGGGCCUUUUACACGUAAGAAUUUAUACGCGGUAAGUGUAAGCGUCUUGCGGACAAUGCGAAACUACAGGUUGUUUUGUUUGUUGUUGUGUUUGUGGAAUACGAACGUGGGAUAUGGACAAAUCGGGUUCGAUGUGAGGAUACCCAGGGUGGCGGAUAUUUUAAAUAGGGUGUCAAAUACCACAUUUGAUAUAAUAAGAGGAGGAGUAAACUUCAUCGGUAGAGCCGUAGAUAGAGUAAUAACAACAUUCGGUCGAGUCGAAGACAGACUUCGGGCACUCUUAGAAGAAUUCAGAGGAAUCAUUCUCAGCGGAAUUCCAGAACUAAAUAUCCCGGUAUUGGAUCCAUUGCAUAUAAACAAAGUUGACUUCGAUAUCAACCAUGAAGCUGCAAGGUUAAAAGGGAAAGCAGAAAACCUGACGAUAAGACAUAUAUCAAAGUUUAAGGUUGAUAAGGAACGUUUCACUGACUUGGGACAGUUUAGGUUCAAAUUGGAUUUAAAUUUAACAUUUCCGCAAAUAGCAGUUACCGGCAAUUACAAGGUAAAUGGAAAAGUAGGAAGGUCUUUUAUAAUAUUCGGAGAGGGACCGUUUUGGUUAAAUUUAAUCAAUCUAAAACUUGGAACUUCUACGAUACUAAAAUUCACUUUACCGGCGAAACUUAGAGUGGAGAAAUUAACCAUUAAUAUAAAGCUUGGAGCAUUACAGAAUCAUCUGGAUAACUUGUUCAACGACGAUGAAGUCGGAGACAUAAUAAACAAGGUCAUUUCAAAGAUGGCGCCGGAAGCUUUGGAUAUCUUAUGGCCAGAGAUUAAGCCGUCAGUUGAGGAGCAAAUUAAGAGGUACAUCAACAGAAUCCUCGAGAACGCGACAAUAGUGAACUUCGCCAAGAGAUUGUUUAACGUUAUCGUAUAAACAAGAUGCUGUAAAUAUAGUUAUAAGUUCUUCACCUUGUAAAUAUGUACAAAACGUUAUAUGUGGCUUAUAUAAUAAAAGACAUAGAAUUAAUUUUUUUAAUAUUGAGGUCGAUUGCCAAAAUGCACUUUAUCAGUUUUCAUUCUAUUGAAUACAAAUUAGUGUUAUGAAAUUAUUGUUAAGUGGUGUAAUAGGACCUUUUAUAGAUAAAUGUUGAAAACAAUUUUUUUAUUAAAAAUUAUAAAUAAUA